UUUCGGACCAAAGAGUCAAAUGCGUUGGAAAGGAAUGAAGGACAAGGUAGGGAUAAGAUGGUAAUUUAAAAAUCAAGAAACGAUCCCGAGAGGAACCGUGGAGGUGGAGAGUGGUGCUGCUUUUUAACUUAACCGCCGUUUGGUCAUAUAGCUUUUGGUCCCAAGCUUCGUCGCAUGGCUACAUAGCAUCGAGCUAAUUGUGAUAACGAUACUUGAUACGAGCAACUAACCACACAGUAGUAUCAUUAUAAACACCAUCCUUCACUCUAAUUCCGCGAUUCAUUUUUUGCAUUCCAAUUCUUCUUCUUCAUAAUCGGCAAUUCACAUUGUGAAUCCCCAAACAAAACCCUACAUUUGCGCCACUUUUCCUCUUCAAAGGUUUGUGAUGAAAGAAAGUUGAGUUCAUAUUUGUAACAGAGUAGUGAGGGAUACUAGAUAUCAAUGGAGGGUGGUGAGAGAACCGAGAAUGAUAAUUCCGAUAUGGAUCUUGUUCAUCCAACUUUGCAACACCAACAUUCAGAUAAUAAUAUUAAUAAUGGUCAAAAUGCUGGUGGUGUGGAUCAAGUAAUGGUUGAUCAGGGUGACGAUGAUACAACAAAUACCAAUUCUACUCGUUUAAUCAGUGGAAACCAGCAUCAACUUGAAGAACUUGUCACCCCAAAGCUGAAAGAAAAGAACGUCAAAGAAAUGAAUCAUGUGCUAAACAGUGCCGAGAUGACUUCUUAUGACGAGUCUGGUACGCCUGCGGAUCGAGAAGCAUUUAUGAAAGAGCUUGAGAAUUUCUACAGAGAGAGGUCCCUGGAAUUUAAGCCUCCAAAAUUCUAUGGAGUGCCAUUGAAUUGUCUCAAGUUAUGGAGAGCUGUUAUCAGACUAGGCGGCUACGAAGUGGUAACUGCAUCAAAGUUGUGGCGGCAAGUAGGAGAGUCUUUCCACCCUCCUAAGACAUGCACUACAGUCUCAUGGACAUUUAGAAUAUUUUAUGAGAAGGCACUUUUAGAGUAUGAAAAGUAUAAGAGAGAGAUCGGGGAGCUACAGCUUCCUGUUGGAUCACUCCAUCAACCUUCUAGUGUGGAAAAAGAGACUGCUGUUUAUCAGGCUCCAGGCUCAGGUAGGGCGAGAAGGGAUGCGGCAGCACGUGCAAUGCAAGGUUGGCAUGCUCAGCGCCUUCUGGGAUAUGGUGAGGCUGCUGAGCCGACUGUUAAGGACAAGAACUUCAGUUCCACACCAAAACGUGAAAAGAACUUAAAAAAUAUCGGUGUGAUUAACAAACAAAGGACACCAUCCAGUAUGGACCAUGCCGACAAAGCUGCAAAUAUAGAAGGAGACAGACAAUUGAUCGCAGCGGUAGUGGACCUUGGACCUCCAGCGGACUGGGUGAAGAUCAAUGUGCGGGAAACGAAGGAUUGUUUUGAAGUGUAUGCACUAGUUCCUGGGCUCCUUCGUGAGGAGGUUCGAGUCCAAUCCGAUCCAGUUGGACGACUUGUUAUAACUGGUCUGCCAGAACACGUCGACAAUCCAUGGGGUAUUACCCCCUUCAAAAAGGUUGUGAACUUACCUGCAAGAAUUGAUCCGCUUCAGACAUUUGCUGUUGUUAGUUUGCAUGGUCGACUAUUUGUACGCGUUCCUUUCGAGCAGGGAGCUGUGUGACUUCCCUUCCAUCAAUUGUUGGUUUAUCACAUAUCCACACAUCUUAACAGUGAGUAAAAAAAAAAAAUCUAAACACAAUGAAGGCAUUGGUUAUGCUAGGAACUAGGAUUAGUUAAAACUACUACCCAACUUUACUAUCGCUAAUUUAUUCUCUCGGUAAAAAAAUACACUGAUGCAUAAUGCUUGAUUUUCCUGGGAUAUGAUCCAUGGUGCCCCUAUACCAAAAAAAAUCGAUAUUUUUUACUUUAUUGCACUUCUCUGGUGUGCAUCAGCAAGAAAAGUCAAACGAGGAUUGCUUCUAAACUUUGUUGCUUAUGGAAAGGCCAAAUGAACAGAAUGUUUAGCAGAAGAACACUAGAAUUUAUAUCUACUUCCAAUGACAUGUGGUUGUGUGAAAAAAAUGUUCACGUGAUUAUAUUUAGGCACCAAUCCAAAUAAAAAACCUUCUAGUCGUUAACCCAUGCUAAUUAUUGAUGGUAUAGGUUGUUUUCUUGCGUGCCUCCUUAGACUUCGUUUGGUAGUUUAGAAGGGAAGAGAGGACUUUGAGAAGAGGGGAAGAGAGAAGUUUUCUAUCUUAAUUGAGAGUGUUAUUGUUGAGAAUGAGGAGAUGAUGAUAUGAUUAAUAUAUUUAUUUAAAAUGUUAAAUUAUUGUAAAGAAAUAAAAAUGAUUUGAAUAAUUUAUGUAAGUCCUUCAAAAUCAUCUAAAAUUAUCCUUUAAUA